CGUCAACACAACCUGAUACCCCGAAUUGAGUUGGUUUAAAAAAACACCAUCAACCCAACAAGUGUUCAUAUAUCAAUACUUGAACCAGAUUGAUCGGAGUAUGUGGAGUGGAGAGAUGGCACAGGUUAAGCGCUGAAACCAAGCUUAAACCUCUCUGCGCCAUUAAAUGCCAAGCAACACCCACUCUCUUCCCCCUUUCCCUUUCUCUUUCUCUCUCUGCAGUUCUGAUCCUCAGCUGUUUCGCUCUGUCUCAAUCGUCCCCUCUGGCUUUAUACAUAUAUAUGGAACAGUGACUAAACGAAGGCCUAAUGCUGCUGUGGGCUGUGCCUGAGUGGAAACGCCCACUCUUCUUCUUUGGCUUCUUUCCCCCACCCCUCUCUAUCUCUCUCUUCAAUAUAUUUACCCUCUUUUCCCUUUACCCUUUUCUUUAAUUCCAUCCUUCUCCUCUCUCUUCCAUUCUCUCUCUCCUUUUGGGGCUUCUUAAUCAAUUGGGUUUUCUUUUUCUCUCUUUGUUUCUACUGAAUUUGGUUCUGUUUUGGCUGUGGAGGCUCGUACUUACCACUACCAGUGUAUGCACUCAUCUCUCUUUUCCCUUUUCCUUCUUUCUUAUCUCUGUUUUUCUCGUUUCAUCGUGUUCUUAUAAGGACUUCCACUGCAGUCCCCUUGUGAGGAAAUACUUCUGUUACCUAUUUCAUGAUGGCUAUACUCCUUUUUUAUACUCUUUUGCUUUGAACAAUGGGAAUUCUGGGUCGCUGUCAUUGUUUAAUUCUGAUGAGUCUUGCAGAAUUUUCUUGGAUGAAGCACAAUUUUUGGGAUGCUAUGAAGAAGAAGGCUCUGGGAAGCUAAUAAAUGAAUUGAACACUGCUUAGAAAUUGUGGAAGAAUAGAGUAGAAUAGAAUAGAAAUCUAACCAAGUUUUAAAGCUAUACAAUAAAAAAAACUUAUUGUCAUGGCCACUUCCAAUGGGGGAUUUCUUCAAACUGAUUCAUCCACUCCACCACCAUCUCUUCCUCCUUGGCUUUCCAAUUCCAACGGUGGCUCUUCACUCCGUCCGCCUUCCCCGUCCGUCACUUUAACACUCUCUUCCCCUACAGUUCCAGCAUACUCUCCCAUCCCCUGGCUGCAACAGCCAGAGAGAAUCCCAGAAAACAUGCCUCUUGUGUUAGGCAAUUUAGCACCACAAAUGUCAAUGCCAUCAUGUGGUGGAAGCCUCUUCGCUUCCGAGCUCGUCGAAUGCUGUCGAGAGCUCAAUGAAGGCCACCGUGCUUGGGCAGCACACAAGAAGGAAACAGCAUGGAGGUUAAGGAGACAAGAGUUGCAAUUGGAGUCGGAGAAAGCGUCUCGGAUUCGCCAGAAGAUGGAGGAGGUUGAAGGGAAAGUGAAAGCUCUUAGAGAAGAAGAGAAGAUUGCUUUGGAGAGGAUUGAAGCUGAGUAUAAGGAACAAUUGGCAGGGUUAAGAAAAGAUGCAGAGGCCAAAGAACAAAAGUUGGCUGAGCAAUGGGCUGCAAAACAUUUGAGCCUUACUAAAUUUCUUGAGCAUAUGGGUUGCAGAACAAGAAUUGCCGAGUCCAGUGGGAGGUGAGAAACCAUCUGCCAUAGUUUAAGUUUUGUGAUUGGUCUCUCUGAAUUUCUUCUUUGGAAAUCCUUCCUUUUCAAAUUCUCUUUUAUAUUUUUACUUCCAUUUUGUAUCUAUUGACAUCUGAAAUUAUGCAUCAAUGCCAUCCUAUAUUUGCUUUGUAAUUGAUACUCUUACUAGCAAAAUGUCAAGUAUUUUGAUUCUGCCAAUUAA